UGAGCCUUCAACUGUCGUAAGUGGUUUGUUGAUGUUUGUGUCAAACUCUCGGACAUUCUGACGGCGAAGAACCGCAGAGAAUCGAGAGGUGUCGAUGAAGCGACACAUUAAAACGAAAGCGAUAACCAGCUAAACGAGUGAGUCCGUGAUUCACUUUGUAUCUUCCGUAUUUGGAAACAGAUUCUUAUAAAAGCUGUGAGCCGUUAUUUGCGAGUCUGCAUGAACUAGCUCGCUAGCUAGCGUUAGCUAAGCGCUACUGCUGCUAGAGCUAGCCACCAUGACUAUUCUUCCCAAGAAGAAGCCUGCCUCGGCCGUAGGGGGGGUGACAGACCCGGAGGAUCCUGACAGCAGACGCAACCCCAACGCUGACCCCCACCAGCACGGCAACAGCAGGAGCGGCCCCAGACCCCGAGCUUCGCCGCCUCCUUGGCCCUAUCAGGCGGCCGCACCACCACAUACCUCCUCCCCCCCUCCCUGGCCCUACCAGGCUGCGCCCCACACCUCCAGGGACGACAGGCGGACAGAGGCGACAUCCCGACCCCAGCAGGCCUCGCCUCAACCGGUAACCCCGGGCUCCUCUGGCAGUAUCGGUGGUGUCAGUGGAUGCGACGGCGCCUCCACCUCAGCGGUCGGUGCUUCCGUGAGUGUCGGUGGCUGCUGCUCGGGACCCGGGCUCAGCAAGCGGCGACGGCAGACCGUCCCGUGCCCCAGCAGUAGUCUACCGGGAGGUGGUGGAGGGGGUCCGGGGACAGACGGCGAGGAGGGGGCAACCACCCCCGCUGGUAACAACAGCGAGGACGAGUACGAGAGCGGCGGCGCGCGCCAGCAGAGUGAGGACCCUGCGUCAGUGGAACAGGAGCAGUGGUUUGAGAAGGCUCUGAAGAAAAAGGGAUUCGUCAUCAAGAAGAUGCAGGAGGAUGGAGCCUGUCUAUUUAGAGCAGUUGCUGACCAGGUGUAUGGAGACCAGGACAUGCACGAUGUUGUGCGCAAACACUGCAUGGACUACCUGGUGAAGAACGCAGACUAUUUCUCCAGCUACGUGACUGAGGAUUUCAGCAGCUACAUCAACCGCAAACGCAAGAGCAACACCCACGGCAACCACAUCGAGAUGCAGGCCAUGGCCGAGAUGUACAACAGAGCUGUGGAGGUCUACCAGUACAGCACAGAGCCAAUCAACACGUUCCAUGGUAUCUACCAGAACAACGACGAGCCCAUCCGACUGAGUUACCAUGGCAACGUGCACUACAACUCUGUGGUCAACCCCAACAAGGCCACCAUUGGAGUCGGACUGGGACUGCCGUCCUUUAAACCAGGGCAAGCGGACCAGUCUCUGAUGAAGAGUGCUAUCCGUUCCUCUGAGGAGUCCUGGAUUGAACAGCAGAUGCUGGAGGACAAGAAGAGAGCCACCGACUGGGAUGCCACCAGCGAAGCCAUCGAGGAACAGGUGGCUCGGGAGUCCUACCUGCAGUGGCUACAGGACCAGGAAAAGCAGCAGCGACAGCCUCGUAAGGCCAGUGCGGCCUGUAGCUCCGCCUCUGCUGCUUCCUGUUCCGCCUUUGAUGAUUGGUCGAGCCGCUCGCCUCACCAGAGAGGAGCCAACACCUCGCCAGAGCACCCCGGCCCCGCCCACAGUGAUGCCAUCGCUAAACCCUCCUCCCCCGGAACUCCCCCCUCACCCGGCGCACCAGGCACCAGCAGUCAGGUGUGUGUGCCUCAGGAGCGUGCGUCCUCAUCCCCGCGUGUGUCUCUCUACCCAACGCACACACACAAUCUCGACUACCGCACCCUCAUGCACAUGUCUCCUACCGCUUUCGGUUGGGAGGAGGAUGACAUCCUGGCGUCUGUGUUGGCCGUGUCUCAGCAGGAGUACAUGGACAGCAUGAAGAAGAACGCAUCACUACACAGAGAACCCUCUCCAGACCCCUCCUGAUACACACACACACACACACACACACACACACACACACACACACACACACACACACACACACGCACAUACUUCACUUGACCCCAACACACAGUCCUUGCCUGACACUUCCUGACUAAACACACACACACACACACACACACACACACACACACACACACACACACACACAGAGACACCUACCUACCUUCCUAAACACUCACACACACACACCCCUACUAAAUGCAUACCUCACUAUGCCGAACACACACACACACACACACACACCGCAUUGUUAACUCUGCAUCAGCGCCCAUCCUCGCCUCUCUUCUGUACAUCCCAUCUGCCCUGUUUGCAUUAAUGUCUACACUCAUCUAUUUAUCCAUCUAUCCAUCCAUCCAUCAGUCCUCACUGUAUCUAUUCAUCCAUCCUCACUCUAUCUAUUAAUCACCCCCGCCCAUCCCCCUUCCCAUUUUGGGUGACGGCUUGUCUGCAUAAAGGACAGAAUGCUUCCUCCUCCUCCUCCUCCCCUCCUCCUCCUCUUCUCCCCAUCCUCUCCUUCUCCUCCUCCUCCUCUCCUCCCUGCUUUUCUCCUCUCCUAUCUCCUCCUCCACUCCUCUCCUCCCUCUUCCUUCUCCUCUUCCUCCUCCCUUUAUACUUGCUGUUCUCCAGUAUCUCAUUAAAAAUAUCUUUGCUCAACUAAA